AUGGCUUCUCUCAAUGUCUCUUCCCUCCUUCUCCUCCAUGCUUCUCCAGUGCUUCUGGUCUUCAUCAACUUGGUUACGGCAGCAGCCUUGGACGUCCCUAAUAAUCUCCCACAAAAUUUGAAAGAUUUGGGUGCCCUCGGGGACGAAGACACUAAAUCCAAGAUCAUUGAUCAGAUCAACGGCCAAGCUGGGACAUUGGCAAAUGCACCAAAGAGUGAUGCUACUGGUGCUCUAGCCAACAUGCUGAAGUCUGCUCCGGCGCCUCAAGGUAAAGACCAAAUUACCAAAAUCAUGGAUCAACUCAAAGGGCCAGCUCCACAGGCAGAUGCACUCAAGACUGGCGGGGAGGAUACAAUGCUAUCCCAAAUGUUCAAGUCUGCUCCGGGGCCUGGCGGCAGCGCUGUAGCUGGCGCCGCUGUGGAUGUCUUUACAAGUAUAUUGAAGCGUGGUCCACCAGCCACUGAUGGCAGCCAACAAAAGCCAGAGGCCCCUCCUACGGUUUCGGGUUCACCAACUCAGGUGGCUUCCGGCGUCCUCCUUGGUGUUGUUGCCAUCUUCUCAUCUUUUGUGGCAUUGUAA